ACUCAGAGAGAAAAAGUAAAGGACUGAAGAAGGAGACUGGAGAGACCAGGAUCCUUCCAGCUGAACAAAAUCAGCCACAAAGCAGACUAGCCAGCCGGCUACAAUUGGAGUCAGAGUCUCAGAGACAUGGGCUUGUUAGAGUGCUGUGCAAGAUGUCUGGUAGGGGCUCCUUUUGCUUCCUUGGUGGCCACUGGAUUGUGUUUCUUUGGGGUGGCCCUGUUCUGUGGCUGUGGACAUGAAGCACUCACUGGUACAGAAAAGCUAAUUGAGACCUACUUCUCCAAAAAUUACCAGGAUUAUGAGUAUCUCAUCAAUGUGAUCCAUGCCUUCCAGUAUGUCAUCUAUGGAACUGCCUCUUUCUUCUUCCUUUAUGGGGCCCUCUUGCUGGCUGAGGGCUUCUACACCACCGGCGCAGUCAGGCAGAUCUUUGGCGACUACAAGACUACCAUCUGCGGCAAGGGCCUGAGUGCAACGGUAACAGGGGGCCAGAAGGGGAGGGGUUCCAGAGGCCAACAUCAAGCUCAUUCUUUGGAGCGGGUGUGUCAUUGUUUGGGAAAAUGGCUAGGACAUCCCGACAAGUUUGUGGGCAUCACCUAUGCCCUGACCAUUGUGUGGCUCCUGGUAUUUGCCUGCUCUGCUGUGCCUGUGUACAUUUACUUCAAUACCUGGACCACCUGCCAGUCUAUUGCCUUCCCCAGCAAGACUUCUGCCAGCAUAGGCAGUCUCUGUGCUGAUGCCAGAAUGUAUGGUGUUCUCCCAUGGAAUGCUUUCCCUGGCAAGGUGUGUGGCUCUAACCUUCUUUCCAUCUGCAAAACAGCUGAGUUCCAAAUGACCUUCCACCUGUUUAUUGCUGCAUUUGUGGGGGCUGCAGCCACACUGGUUUCUCUGCUCACCUUCAUGAUUGCUGCCACCUACAACUUUGCUGUCCUCAAACUCAUGGGCCGAGGCACCAAGUUCUGA